AAUAUCUCAUUACUAUUAUACAAUCAGUUGAAAUAUCACUUACAAAGAUUGUAAGUGAAAGCGUAUUAAAAUAUUUUUGUUUUUUACCUGCCCGGGGGUUUCGUAUUGUAUGGAAGGAGCUCUAAACAAACGAUACGAAACGUUUUUGUUACGACUUACGUGUGAAAACGUCAUUAUCAAUAACAAUAAUUGAUAAUAACGUUGUACUUGUUACUUGUUAUGGUUUUUUAAAUUAUCACACUACACGUGUAUGUAUAAUUUCGUAUAUUCAUUUUCUUGUGUUCUUUAUUUAAACUGUGCGAAUAACUGUACGUUAUUCAAAUAAAAUGGGCAACAAGAGACAUGGCUGUACAAACGCAUAUUUUGCAAAGAAGAGGAGAGAAAAACAAGGAGGAAAUACAUCUGAAAAUCCUAAAGAAGAUAACCGUAGUUCUUAUGAAACAACUAUACGAGAAAAUGAAAAAUUUUUACAGUAUUACAAGAUGCAGAAUAUUUGUCCAAAAGGAGAAUGGGAUCACUUUAUAUCUGUAUUAAAGUCUGAUUUACCAACAUCUUUUCGUAUUACUGCUAGCAGUAACAUAGAAGCAAAGAGUCUUUUGAAAUUGGUUGAAGGGGUUUUUUUUACUGAUUUACUCAAAGGAGAGCUUAGUGAUGAACAGAAAAAUAGCAAACCAUUUUGUUUACCAUGGUAUCCCCAGCGAUUGGGUUGGCAGUUGAAAAUCACUCGUAAAGAUAUACGUGGUUCUGAAGCAUAUUACCGUCUGCAUAAUUUUUUAAUUUCUGAAACUGGCAAUGGUAAUAUUUCUAGACAAGAAACUGUUAGCAUGAUUCCACCUUUACUAUUGGAUAUAAAUCCAAGUGAUAAGAUAUUAGAUAUGUGUGCUGCUCCUGGAUCUAAAACUGCACAACUCAUUGAAUCUCUUUAUUCUGGCUCUACUUCUUCUGUUCCAGAUGGAUUAGUCAUUGCAAAUGAUGUUCACAAUGCUAGGUGUUACAUGUUGGUUCAUCAAGCAAAACGAUUAAAUAGUGCAAAUGUAGUCAUUACUAAUCACGAUGCUACUGUUUUGCCAGCAAUGCAUUUGAAUGAAAAUGGAGAUUCUUUGUUAAAAUUUGAUAAAAUUUUGUGUGAUGCACCAUGCUCUGGGGAUGGUACAUUACGAAAAAAUCCAGAUAUUUGGACCAAGUGGAGUCCUGGAAAUGCAAAUAAUCUUCAUGGAAUACAAUUUCGGAUAUUAAAGCGAGGUUUAGAGCUGUUAAAUGUUGGUGGACGGUUAGUUUACUCAACUUGUUCUUUGAAUCCGAUUGAAAAUGAAGCAGUAGUUCAACGUAUGAUGAAUGAAGCCAAAGGUAGUGUUGUGAUUGUGGAUGCACGACAUAAACUAGCAGGGUUAAAAACAAUGGAUGGUCUUUCUCAGUGGAUAGUUGUAUCAAAAGAUUUAGAUGUAUACAAAUCUUUUGAUGAGGUACCAGAAAAAUGGACUACGCAAAUCAGACCACAAAUGUUUCCUUUAAAAGAUGAUUUAUUUAAUCUUAACAAAUGUAUUCGCAUACUACCCCACCACCAAGAUACUGGAGGAUUUUUUGUUACUGUCUUGGAAAAAACUAAGCCUCUACCAUGGGAAACUGCAUUAAAAGAAACUCAAGAAGAAAAUGAAAAAUCCGCAAAUGGUGUAGAAAUCAAAGAAAAUAAACGAAAACCAAAGAAACGAAGAUACCAAGGUUAUAAAGAAGACCCAUUUGUAUUUUUGACAAAUGAAGAUCCUGUUUGGCCUGAAAUCAGGGAUUUUUAUGAACUUAGUGAUUUCCCUGUUCAUUGUUUACUAACUAGGUGUUCUGUUGGUAAAAAAAAAAAUAUUUACUACACUUCAUCUUCUAUUAGAGAUAUUGUAAAAAAUAAUCAAGAUCGUGUUAAAAUAAUUAACACUGGUGUCAAGACAUUUGUCCGUUGUGAUAAUAAAUCAAUGAAGUGUAACUUUAGACUUGCUCAAGAGGGUUUGGCCGGUAUAUCUUCUUACAUUGGGUCUAAACGAAGAUUACAAUUGACACGGGAUGAAGUUAUAAUUAUUCUUAAGAAUCCAACAAUUCCAGUAACUGAUUUAGACCAAAAAACUAAAGAUAAACUAGAAAAUUUUGGAGUUGGAAGUUGUAUUCUUAAUAUGAUAGAUGAAAAUUUCCCACUCGAGUUGGUGGGAUGGAAGGGUUUCUCAACGCUCAAAGCUUAUGUGAAUGGUGAAUGCAGAUUACAUUAUUUGAGAUUACUUGGAGUUGAUGUUUCACAAUUUGAUGUAAAUAAAUUUAAAAAAGAAAGUAAUGAUGAUGAACCUGUAGACAAAAAUGGAACUUUUAUUGAAGAAGUAAUUACUAAUAAUACUGAGAUCAAAGAAGAAUUAGUUCCUGAUAUAAAUGGGCUUAAAGAAGAACUGAUUGAAAAAUCAUAAUACAAAAAUUAACAAUUUACAGAUAUCACAUUUGUUAAAUUUUUUUAUC